AUUGCAUCUCCCUCCUCUCUUUUCCCUAAAACUCCCUCCUUAAAAAGUCUCUCCCAUUUUCUCUUUCCUCAGAUCUCAACCUCUCCUUCUCCUUCUUCUUCCUCCUCGCUUCCAUCCGAGCCCUAGUUUUCCACGGUAUCUCUCAAUAUUCAGAAAAUGGGGAAGCAAUCCAAAGGCAAGAAAUCUGAGAAUUUGGGGAAGGGAAAAGUCACCCCCGUCCAAAUCGCCUUCAUCGUCGACCGAUACCUCUGCGACAACAACUACUCGGAAACCCGCUCUCUUUUCAGAACCGAAGCUUCGUCCCUCAUCGCCAAAUCGCCGAUUCGAGAGGCGCCGAAGAGUUUGCUGAGCUUGGCGGAGAUUUUGGACGAGUACAUACUGUUGAAGGAGCAGAAGGUGAUUUUGGAUCAGGAGAAGGUCCGGGUGGAGCAGGAGAAGACCCGGGUCCAAACCCUGUUGAAGGGGAUGCAAAGCGUGAUGAACACUUACAAUGCCGGCAGUAGCCCCACAGUCUCUGCACCUCCGGCUGUGGCUCUGAAGCCGAUGAUUAUGGCUACUCCGUCUCACCCGUCUAAUGGGUCCGCUGUAGUUGCUCCUGUGUCAACACCUUCCAACCCCAACAUGAGGCCUGGGAAUUUCUGCUCGCCAAUUACAGUUGACCCACCUUCAACUAAGAGAAAGAGUUCUAACGUUCCUGUGAAUGGUUCGAAUGCUGCUAAGAGAUCUUGCAGCAAAUUACCUGCUGGCAAGAGCAAUAUGCACAACAAAGGAGAACAAGCGGUUUCUGGAUCAGCUAAAUGCUUGUUCAACCAGCCAUCAUUUUCUGUCCCAACGAAUAACUCUGGUCCUCAGACACCUCAGCGAGCAAAUUCAAUUCAAGGCAGCAAGUCUACACCUUUUGAGACUUCUUCCACUGCUACUUGCAGUUAUAAUUCUCCUCCAGAUGUAAAUCCAACUUGCACCAUUUUUUCUUCAAAGAGAGUGACUCUGAGCCCAAACAAAUCUUGCUACACUGUGGAAACAAACCAUUGCAUUUCUUCACCUGCCAAGACAAGUAAGAGGGAGUCCCACGUAAAGGGAAGGCUCAAUUUUGACUGUUCUGAUGUGCCAAUGGGCUUGGAGAAACCAUCUAGCGAUGAGAUUUCAUCACCCGAGUCUGAAAAGGAAGUUGAUCUCUUCGACAUUGAUUUAACGAACUUUGAUGCCAUUGGGGCGGAUUUCUCCUUCACUGAAAUGUUAGGUGAAUUUGAUCUUCAUUGUGAAGAACUUGGUCUACCAAACUUUGAUGCUUCCACUGCGACGGUUUCGGGGUCAUCUUAUGAAUCUGCGGAUGGUAACAGUGGGGGCCAAUCAAGUUUUGUCAGAAUUUACAUCAACUGUGACAGAAGUACUAUCAGAGAAGGACACGAAUGUGCAAGGAUCUGAUUCCUUGACCGCGAUGAAGUCUGUGACGAAAUGUAUUAGGAUUAUAAGCCCUGUGAAAAAUCGCGGAAGCUCUCAGGCUUAGGAGAAUUGUACUGCAACGAUCUGACUGUUUCUGGGAAUGACUAUUAGGCUGACUUGGUACUGGACUUCCUGCUGAAGAUUUCUAAUUAUGUUAACAAUUCAACAACUUAGAGUUGCUGUAUCAUUAGAUAACUCACGGCGUGACUCUCAUGCUCCUUAGAAAUACAUGUAAUUUUGUAGUUAAUAUGCUCUGGUUGCAGUCCUGGGCUUACGUAGGCUAAUGGCUUGUACUUGGUUCCGUUUCAUGUAAGUCUCUCUCCUCGAAUACGAAGGAUUGUUCAUAUUUAACAAGGUCUGCUUUUGACUUUCAUAAUUUCAGCAAAAACCAAAUAUAAAGUCCAAGUCUCUUUAGUUCA